AUGGAUUCUUUCGAGGCAGCAAUAGAAUAAACUAGCUCUCAAAUUUAUAAAGAGUACAAGAAUAUUGAAGAUCUUAUUCAAAAAUCUCGAAACUUCAUUUACAGUGAACUCAAAAUGACAAAACUAAAUAAUAUUACUCUAGAAAAAGAGAGAAAUAUGUUUAACUCAAUCAUCAAUAGCAUCGAAGAUUCUGAGUAUCGUGAAGAACUAAUCAGAGUUAAGUAGGUCUUUUUCUAAUGCAUUAAGCAGUAAAUGAUUUUAUUUUAGUAAACACUUGCUCGUCACAUGGAUUUUAUUGAGACUAUCUAAUAAGAAUACCCUCUUCAAUUAAAUACUAAGCAUAUUAGACAGCUAUCUAAGUAAAAGGAUUAGCUUUUAAAUUAUUUGCUAUCUCAAGCAGAUGAUACCUCAGGAAGACAUUCUCAUAAAAGCAAAUCUUCAUCAUCAUCAACAUCCUCAACUUUUUCAAAAGAUAUAACCUCUAAUUCAUUUUAAUCUCAAAUGAGACUCAGAAAAAGUUUUAAAACAAUCCCAGAUAGCGAUGGUGAAGACGGGGAAAAUCAAAUAAAUUUCAUACACCAAAAAAAACUAUUUGCUUACUGA